AUGGGAAUCGUGCGCGACCAGACCUUUGCGACAAAGGAGCGGCUCUUGAAGCAUCUGGAGCUGGAUUCCUUCGCCUAUCUGCGCAUGGUCGCGGUCCUGAGCAUUAUAUCGCAUACUUCGGUCACUCUACGUGAGGAUCGCGUUCUCAUGUUACAUGAAUCGCAAAUGCUGGAGCUUCUGGCAAAGGUAACUCAGGGAGGGCGUAUAGAAGUGGAGAAGGGGAAGGUCACCAUUGACCCGGGUCGCAUUGUGGGUGGGACUUUGAAGUUCCAGUGUUCGAGCCAGGUUCCUCUGUCGUAUUACCUGGAGCCGCUCGUAUACCUGUCGGUGUUUUCAUCUGAGCCGUUUCGGAUCACACUCACCCGUCAAGGCGAAGAUGUGGAUUGGGAAAUGGUCAACAGCUUCAGCCUCCUGGAGAGUUUCUGCUCCAGCGCCACGGUCGUGCUGCGCAAAAUAGGUUGCAGCUCUGUAGAGUUCAAGUACAAGGAGCCUUACGAGGUGGUCUUUACCAACACUCCACUGGUAAAGAUCGCACCUGUGGACAUGUCCACGUGGAGCUGUGUGAAGAAGGUGCGCGGCAGUGUAGUGGUGCGCUGCCUGCAACCAAGCCUCGGCACAAACGUGAUCACUGGUUGCAAGCGGGUGCUGAAUGAGGUGUGCGACAACGUCUACAUCGACCUGGUAACUCCCAAGGGUGCUGGGAACCCGUAUGUAUCGGUGGCGUUGAUUGCAGAGGGGCCAUCGGUUGUAUACACGUCAGACAGCACAGUUCCACUAAAGGAUGCUGAUACGGGGGCCAAGGCGGCGUCCAUUAGCGCCAACACCAGCCUUUCCAAGAUCCUGGAAAUAGCCAACCGCAAAACCGAGGCCAGUGCUAAGCCGGAAGCGAAUACGGAGUCUGCUACCAGUAUCCAUGAGCGCCACGAGGCCAUAGGCGAGGCGGUUGCCCGGCGCCUGCUUGCUGAGAUCAGCUUGAAGGGCAUCUUGGACACCACCCAUCAGCACCUGCCGCUAGUUUUCAUGGCCAUGUCCGGUGACUACCAGGUGUCGACGUUCCGCAUGGGCCGACUGAACCGUUAUUCGAUCGAGUUCCUGCGGAAAAUAAAGCAAUUUCUCGGAGUAACGUUCAAAUUCGUGCAGGAAGAGGAAUGCGUGCUGCUAAAAUGCGUGGGCAACAGCUUCCAAAACAGCGGAAUCAAAACGUUUUAA